AUGGCCUGUCUUACUGCUACUCAGACAGCGCCUGAGUUUGAUGGAAAGUUACGAGCAGCGGAACAUCGAUCUCUAGCCCUGUUAGAAAGCGAGGAUGAUCCCAAUAUUCGCGGAAAAUACCGUCCAUUCAUCCUCAGUCCCGACACAGCCGAGGACUGGGUCAAUAGCUUGGAGUUGACAACCGUUCUGAAUAUGGCUGAGAAUGAUCUGCGAAAUACUAAGAAGAGACUGAAAGUGCUUGUAUUGUACGGCAGCCUACGCAGAAGGUCCUAUUCAAAGCUUGUGGCAUUCGAAGCUUGCCGGAUUCUUUUCCGGCUCGGCUGUGACGUGCGCGUAUUUGACCCUGAUGGGCUGCCGAUGAAGAAUGAUAUCGACCAUGGCCAUGACAAGGUGCAAGAACUCCGCGAGCUCAGCAGGUGGAGUGAUGGACAUGUUUGGGUAUCUCCAGAGCAGCACGGCAAUCUAACUGCUGUUUUCAAGAACCAGAUUGAUUGGAUCCCUCUGAGUACCGGAAGCGUCCGUCCAACGCAAGGCCGGACACUCGCUAUCGCCCAGGUGUGUGGAGGAUCACAGUCAUUUAAUGCAGUCAACUCGCUGCGUAUUCUUGGUCGGUGGAUGCGGAUGUUCACUGUUCCAAAUCAAUCCUCGAUCCCCAAAGCAUAUACACAUUUCCCGGAGGAAGGCCAACCGGAUGAUCAACGGCUCUUACCCAGUAGCAACCGGGAUCGUCUGGUAGAUUGCAUGGAGGAGUUUGUGAAAUGCACUAUCCUGCUUCGGCCUCACAUGGCUCUUUUCGGCGAUCGUUUCAGCGAACGCGAGGAGAAGAGAGUGACGGAAGAGAAAAGAUGA